GAGGCCAAGCCCCCGUCGCAGCCUAAGACUGCGGGCUUUUCGCCUCUGCAGGGGCGGGGUAGGGCAGGGCCAGGGGCGGAGUUUUGAGCCCAGCCCUUGGGUUCUUGCCUCUGAUUGGGCAGUGCGGGUUCUGAGGCGUAUCUUGGGGCGGGGCCCGCUCUGCUUUUUGACAGCUGUCUCUUGCACAGCCGCUGCCAAGUCCGGUGGGUUCGGGAACCUGUGGCCCGGCUCUCUGCGCGUCCCCGUCCCCCGUGGCCUCGACCCCGGCCAUGAAGCGUAUCUUCUCCUGCUCCAGCUCACAGGUGGCGGUGGAGAGAUGGAACCGCCGUGAUCAGAAGCUGCUGGAGGCAGUGCAGCGGGGAGAUGUGGGACGCGUGGCUGCCCUGGCCUCCAGGAAAUCUGCCCGACCCACCAAGCUAGACUCAAACGGCCAGUCCCCGUUUCAUCUGGCAGCCUCUAAAGGACUGACAGAAUGUCUGACUCUACUGCUUGCAAAUGGGGCUGAUAUCAACAGCAAGAAUGAGGACGGAAGCACUGCCCUGCACUUGGCCACCAUCUCCUGCCAGCCACAGUGUGUUAAGGUCCUGCUUCAGCAUGGUGCUAAUGAAGAUGCUGUGGAUGCAGAAAACCGUAGUCCAUUGCACUGGGCAGCCUCCUCUGGCUGUGCCUCAAGUGUACUCCUGCUGUGUGACCACGAAGCCUUCCUGGACGUGUUGGAUAAUGAUGGACGUACACCCCUGAUGAUCGCAUCGCUGGGUGGGCACACAGCUAUCUGCUCACAGCUGCUGCAGAGAGGCGCCCGAGUUAAUGUUACAGACAAGAAUGACAAAUCGGCUUUGAUCCUGGCCUGUGAGAAAGGCAGUGCCGAGGUGGCUGAACUGCUCCUGAGCCACGGAGCAGAUGCGGGGGCUGUGGACAGCACAGGUCAUGAUGCUCUGCACUAUGCUCUGCACACGCAAGACAAGUCACUAUGGAGGCUGCUACGGCAGGCCCUGAACCGGCGACGGCGGGGCGAUCAGAGGCUAGUCCAGCACCCAGAUCUUGCAUCCCAGGCCUCUCCAUCUGAGCCCCAGGCAGAUUCUCCACCUAAGAGGCCAUGGAGAGCAGAGCCUGAAGAGGAGCAAGAGGAAGAGGAGGACGAAGACCCAUGCUCGGAGGAGUGGAGGUGGAAGUAUGAAGAGGAGCAGAGGAAAGUUGUUCAGUUGGAGCAGGAGUUGGUGCAAAAGACAGAAGAGUGUAAGACUCAAGCUGCAGCCUGUCUGAGACUUGAGAACCAGAUUCAAGAGCAGGUGCAGGAGCUAGGGCUCCUCCUAUCCUGGGAGCCCAGAGCUUCAGGAAGGCAAGGCUCUAGUCUCCGGCCUGGAGGGGAUGGCAUGGAGCAGGGUUGUCCUAUGGACCUGCUGGCUGAGCGUAUACAAGAGCUAAAGAAGCAGCAGCAGGCAGCAGCCACAGUAAAUCCAGUAUCAGCUCUGAAGAAGGCUGAGGACUCAGCCCCAGGAGAGAUCCAGUAUGAAGUCCAUGGAAGGUCCCAACAAGAAGAACAGGGGCCACCCCAGAGCCCAGAGUCUGAGACCAUCAGGAAAACCACAGGACAGCAACUGACUACCAGUGGUGCACAGACCUUUGGCCCUGAUGAUGCUGACCAGCUGCCUGCUGGCCAGAAGGAGAGUUCCCAGGUUCUAGGAGUUGAACCAGGAGGCACAGUGGCUGAACCAGUGGGCCCAGCAGCCAUGAACCAGCUUCUGCUACAACUAAGGGAGGAGCUUGCUGCAGUGUGGCGAGAAAAGGAUGCUGCCCGGGGGGCUUUGUCAAGACCAGUCAUGGAGGGAGCCCUGGGGACUCCCCGUGCUGAGGCAGCAGCAGCUGCCUGGGAGAAGAUGGAGGCCCGACUGGAGUGUGUGCUGGCAAGGCUGGAACGGGCAAAGGCGGGACUACAGGUGAAACCUGAGGUUCCUUCCCAGGAGUCCAGAGAGGGAGCCCUAAAGGCAGCCCCAGGGAGCAUCAAAGAGGAUGAAGAGAAGGAGAAAAGGGUUCCUGGGGCUCGCGGAGAGCCUCUAGGCGCCCCUGGAGGGGAAAAGGCCCUAGGAGGCCUGGCAAAGGGACAGCUGGAGAAGGAGGUGUCAGCACUGAGACUGAGCAACAGUAACUUGGUGGAGGAGUUAGGGGAGUUGGGGCGGGAGCGGCAGAGGUUGCAGAGGGAGCUGCAGUCCCUGAGCCAGCGGCUGCAGCGGGAAUUUGUGCCCAAGCCAGAGGCGCAGGUCCAGCUACAGCAGUUGCGGCAGAGUGUGGGGCUGCUGACAGAUGAACUGGCGGUGGAGAAGGAGGCCACAGAGAAGCUGAGGAAGCUCCUGGCCGCCCAGAGCAGCGGUCUCCGAGGGCUGUGGGACUGCCUGCCUCCAGACCUAGUGGGCAAGAGGAGUGCACAAAGCAAAGCAGCGGAGCCGCUGGAGGAGCUGCGGGCCUGCAUCACCACCCUGGUAGAUCGGCACCGGGAGGCCCAGCAGGUGCUGGCUCGGCUGCAAGAAGAAAACCGGCAGUUGCGGGGGUCCUUGUCCCCAUGUCGGGAGCCAGGCACCUCCUUAAAGGCCCCAGCAUCCCCCCAAGUGGCCGCUCUGGAGCAAGACUUGGGAAAGCUGGAGGAAGAGCUGCGGGCAGUUCAGGCCACGAUGAGCGGGAAGAGCCAGGAGAUCGGAAAGCUGAAGCAGCUGCUCUACCAAGCCACAGAGGAAGUGGCUGAGCUAAGGGCCCGGGAGGCAGCCAGCCUACGGCAACACGAGAAAACUCGGGGUUCGCUGGUGGCCCAGGCCCAGGCUUGGGGCCAGGAGCUAAAGGCCCUGCUGGAAAAGUAUAACACGGCCUGCCGGGAAAUGGGUCGGCUGCGGGAGGCGGUGGCCGAGGAGCGCCGCCGGAGCGGGGACCUGGCCGCUAAGGCAGCCGAACAAGAGCGCCAGGCCAGCGAGAUGCGGGGGCGCUCCGAGCAGUUUGAGAAAACAGCAGAGCUGCUGAAAGAGAAGAUGGAACAUCUCAUUGGGGCUUGCCGAGACAAGGAGGGCAAGAUCAAGGAGUUGUUGAAGAAGCUGGAGCAGCUUUCAGAAGAGGUUCUAGCAAUUCGGGGAGAAAAUGCUCGCCUUGCCCUGCAGCUGCAGGAUUCCCAAAAGAACAAUGAAGAGAUCAUCUCCACCUACAGGAAUCAUCUACUGAAUGCUGCUCGGGGCUACAUGGAACAUGAAGUGUACAAUAUCCUGCUGCGAAUCCUUAGCAUGCAAGAGGAGUGAGGCAGCCUUACUGUGUGCCCUCAGGGAUACGAGAUUCUCUGUUGGAAUAAGAAACGCUGCUUGACAGAUGCUUCAUCAGGCUGUGGUGGGUGGGGGUGUUGGCCACUAGGAAAUGGUAUGGGCAGGGCUUCACCUGCCAUUACAGACCUCAGAUCUGAACCUGGACCCUGGAAUCAGCAUGGAUGAGACCAGAGGAGGUGUGGAUGGAAACAAGCUGUAUGGAAAAUAAAGCAUGAGG